AUGGAAAACUACACCUACAACAGUCCCACACUCCAGCUGGAGGGCUUGAAGGUUGCAGACGACUCAGUGCGCCUUGUCUUUUUCCUGUUUCUGUUUUCCUACAUCAUAUUUAUGAUUAUGAAUCUGGGUAUUUUAACAAUCAUCAUCUUUGAAAAGAACCUUCAUCAGCCCAUGUAUCUGCUGUUUGGCAACCUGACAGUCAGUGACAUCAUGGGAAGUACUCAUAUUUUACCCCGUUUGCUUUCAGACAUCUUGCUGCCUCCAUCUCAGCGUCUCAUCAGUUAUUAUGAGUGUGUGGUUCAGGCUUUUAUUACACACAUGUUUGGCACCACUUCCCACACAGUGCUUAUGGUGGGUCUGACUGUGAGGCUAAACCGAUGCAGGACCCUCAUCGCCAACCCUUUCUGUGAUAACGCCUCACUUUUCAAGCUUUCCUGCGAGAGUGUGAUCAUUAAUAAUAUCUAUGGUCUGACAUUCACUGUGCUGCUCUUUAUAGCAUCUAUUGGCUGCAUUGUUCUCACCUAUGGGAGCAUCACAGCAGUCUGUCUGGCCACUAAGAACAAAUCAUUGAACAGUAAAGCAUUUAAGACUUGCAGCACACAUCUGGUCGCUUAUCUUAUUAUGUCCCUUAGUGGCGUUACAAUUGUUGUUCUGCAUCGGUUUCCCCAAUACUCAGACUACAGAAAACUCUCAGCUAUCUUGUUCGUCAUUGUUCCAGGCAGCCUCAACCCCAUUAUAUAUGGUUUACAAUCUAAGGAGAUACGAAAUUUUUUAUAUGAAUUUUUUAUUUCUAGAAAAUGUUUUCUGUCAUGUGAAAGUAAAUCUACUCAAAAAGGUUGA